AUGGUGUUCAUCAUCAUGGACGAGGUGGACAACCAAACCGGUGUCGACAUCUUCACGCACCUCCUCAAGUACGGCGGCUGGUAUUCAGGACUGAUGGUGCCGUACUGCCUGCUGGCCCUGGGGCUCGUCGGGUUCUUGGGCACCUUUCACUGCACCCUCCUGAAAGGCCUGUACAAAAAGAAGAAGAAUCCACACUCCAAGGGGCUCAUCGGCAACUGGCUGAGCAUCAUCUGCGCACCGCGAGUCCCCAGCAAUUUUGACUUUCGAAGCUUUGUCGACGAAGCCGAGCAGAAGAAGUGCCGAAGAAAAGGAUGGCCGCAGCGAAAACGAAAAGACACCGGUGGGGAAGAGCGAAAGUCGAAGCGAAAGCGGCAGACGACGAGCGCGAAGGAGAAGGCGAAGGAGAACGGCGACUUUGAGCUGGAGCAGAUGGAGGGCGGGCGAGGGAAGAGCGCCACCGGCACCUCCAGCGACCGACACAGCAGCGGCGACGGGAAGAAGAGCAAGGGCAAGGAGGUGCGCAAGGAGGGCGAGGAGAACGGCAACGGCCACCCCUGA